AAGUUGAACCAGAAGCGGAAAGCGAUCGUUGCAAGAAGAAGAAGAAGCAGAAGAGCAGAAGAAGAGGAAGUAGAGGGUUUCUUUCUCUUCUGGUUUCGGAAGCAGGAGCAGCGGAGGGGAGGACAAAAUGAAGACGACCAAGGGAGGGAAGGUGAUGAACCCCACCGACGCCUACCGGAAAGAGCUCCGCAAGAAGGAGCUCAAACGGAACAAAAAAGAAAGGAAGAAGGUCCGUGAGGUUGGUAUAUUGAAGAAGGACCCUGAAGCCAUUCGGGAGCAAAUUGAGAAGUUGGAGAGGAUGAAAGCAGAUGGUGCUCUUGACAAGGCAAGGAAGCAUAAGAAGAGACAGCUUGAGGAUACCUUGAAUCUAGUGUUGAAGAAAAGAAAGGAGUAUGAAGAGAAAAUGCGGGAUAAGGGUGAGACACCAGUAAUGUUCAGUCACUUGGGCCCCCCUCGAAGAAGAGCAACUGCAGAGGAAGAGGAAAGGGAUAGACAUCCAAAGCCUGAGGACUCUGUUUACUAUCAUCCUACAUUGAACCCAACAGGGGCACCACCUCCUGGAAAACCUCCAAUGUAUAAAUCAUCUAUAGGACCUAGGGUCUCAUUGCUUGCUUCUUCAAGUGCUGCAGCAUCAUCUUCAAAAUCAGAAACAGAAGAAGCUUUAUCUGUACCGCCACCACCACAACUUCCACCACCUUUGCCAGGUGCUGAUGGAAAGACUUCUGAUGAUGAUUCUAUAUUGCAACCAUCUAUGCCUUUACCUCCCCCUCCACCAGCUCCACCAAAGCCUAUUGCCAAUUUGAGUUCGUCAUUGCCCCCUCUGCCACCUCCAGGACCCCAACCUAAAGAAUCAGUUGCAAUUCCUACUUUGCUGCCUACACCUCCACCACCACCUCCACCUCCACCUCAGCGGCCUUUGCAACUACCUCCGCCCGUCGCAGCUGGAAAGGAAGCUGAUAAAACUGCAGAUUCAGAUGGGCCAAUUAUAAAAGAUUCUGAUAAGGUGACAGCUGGACUUCCUCUACCUCCACCACCCCCAGGAUUACCAACAAAAUCAGCACAAUCCGAUAACGCAUCAUCUGAAUCUGCCCCCAGCAGUGCUCCAAUUUCAAAUUACAAGUCACAGAUGGCUCUGCUGGUGCCACCACCUCCAAGAGAGCCACCACCUAUGGCUCAUAGAGUUUCUUUAAUAAAUCCUUUGCCACCUGACAUGAUGCCUCCUGCCAUUGCACACUUCCCUCCCCCUGAUUUAAGGCCACUGCUGGUAGCUCCUGGUAUUUCUGGGAGGCCUCCACCUCCACCUCCCCCAGGAAUUGUUCCAGCAUUAAUUCCCAGGCCAAUGUUUGCAGCACCUCCAGGGCCACCACCAUUUCUAAGGCCUCCAUUUCAGUUAGGUUACCCAAUCCCUCAAGAGGAUGAUCUUGAUGCCUUGAGGCCCUCUGCACCCCAGAAGCCAUCAUAUGUUAAAUCAGCAGCAUCAACUGUUGUCAAGAGACCAUUAGCACAGCAUAAUCCAGAACUAACAGCCAUGGUGCCUGCAUCGGUGCGUGUGAGGAGAGAGACUGCUGCUCCCAAAGCAAAACCAAAGUCACAUCCCCCUGCUAUGGCCUCGGUUUCCAAGCCUUCCGUUGUAACAUCUGCUGUGAAACCAGAGACGGCAACUACAUCAGGCCCCAAGUCGCAGAGUAUCGACGACUCGUAUAUGGCCUUCCUGGAGGACAUGAAAGUCCUCGGUGCUCUUGAUAGCUAGGCUUAGCAGUUAGUGAUACAAAAGGUGUUUCUGCUGACCAACUCAUUGACAAAGGGACCAUACUCUGGUGCCACCCAUUCAAUUGUAAACCAAUGGAGUGCCUGCUUUGAUUAUAAUUCUAUGGUGGAAUUCUCCUU